GAGAGAUAGAGAGACACGGAGCUCAGCACAGGGGGGAGCUGUCCGAAAAAAAACACACCAACAACACCCCGAAUAAGAAAAACUACCCGGGUUGGUGUCCUUUUUUGUCUUAGACCUGUGAUUUGAUUUGUGUCAGACCAGAUAUCUGCGUAAAUGGUAAGAACGAAGGAAUAAGGUCCGAGGGAAGUGUAUUUUUCUGGGUAAAGUCACCUCGCCAAAUGAACUCCGUCAGAGCGAGCAGCAGGAGACCCAGGCGAGUGUCGAGGCCGCGCCCGGUGCAGCCGGAAAGAAACAACGCAGAAAGAGGUACCAAAUGUGCUGUAGAGAAGGACAGACUGUAAGCCUCUCAGGUACACCAAGUAUUGACAGAUGAGGAUAUCCCUGCAGAUAUGGUUGCAGAAGAAUCCGGUCCAGGAGCUCAAAAUAGUCCAUACCAACUCCGCAGAAAGUCCCUGUUGCCUAAAAGAACCGUGUGCCCUGCAAAAAGCAGUAUGGAGGGAGCCUCCACUUCAGCCACAGAAAAUUUCGGUCACAGAGCUAAACGUGCAAGAGUGUCAGGGAAAUCACAAGACCUACCAGCCGCCCCUGCAGAACAGUAUCUUCAAGAGAAGCUUCCAGAUGAAGUUGUCCUAAAGAUCUUCUCGUACCUGCUGGAGCAGGACCUGUGCCAGGCUGCUUGCGUAUGCAAGCGAUUUAGUGAGCUUGCAAAUGACCCCAUUCUCUGGAAGAGACUGUACAUGGAGGUGUUUGAGUACACAAGACCCAUGAUGCAUCCGGAGCCGGGGAAGUUUUACCAAAUUAACCCAGAAGAGUAUGAGCAGCCCAACCCGUGGAAGGAGAGUUUUCAGCAGUUGUAUAAAGGAGCACAUGUAAAGCCUGGUUUUGCUGAGCACUUUUAUAGCAAUCCUGCCAGAUACAAAGGCAGAGAGAAUAUGUUGUAUUAUGACACCAUUGAGGAUGCACUGGGAGGUGUGCAGGAAGCCCAUUUCGAUGGCCUGAUAUUUGUCCAUUCUGGCAUUUACACAGAUGAAUGGAUCUACAUCGAGUCCCCCAUCACAAUGAUUGGCGCAGCCUCAGGGAAGGUAGCUGACAAGGUUGUCAUUGAAAACACUAGAGAUUCAACGUUUGUCUUCAUGGAGGGAUCUGAAGACGCUUAUGUGGGCUACAUGACCAUCAGAUUCAACCCUGAUGAUAAGUCAGCUCAGCAUCACAAUGCUCAUCACUGUUUGGAGAUCACGGUUAACUGCAGUCCCAACAUUGACUACUGUGUUAUCCGCAGCACCUGCACAGUGGGAUCAGCUGUAUGCGUAAGUGGUCAGGGUGCUGGUCCUACCAUCAAACACUGCAACAUCAGCGAUUGUGAAAACGUUGGGCUGUACAUCACUGAUCACGCACAGGGUAUUUAUGAAGAUAAUGAAAUCUCAAACAAUGCGCUGGCGGGUAUCUGGGUAAAAAACCACGGGAAUCCUAUAAUCAGACGUAAUCAUAUCCACCACGGCAGAGACGUAGGAGUGUUUACCUUUGACCAUGGCAUGGGCUACUUUGAGAGCUGUAAUAUUCACAGAAACAGAAUUGCAGGAUUUGAGGUGAAAGCGUACGCUAACCCCACUGUGGUACGCUGUGAGAUCCACCACGGCCAAACGGGGGGCAUCUACGUGCAUGAAAAGGGGAGAGGGCAGUUCAUAGAAAAUAAAAUCUAUGCCAAUAAUUUUGCCGGUGUGUGGAUCACCUCAAACAGUGAUCCGACUAUAAGGGGAAAUGCCAUCUUCAAUGGAAACCAAGGAGGCGUUUACAUAUUUGGUGAUGGGAGGGGCCUCAUUGAGGGAAAUGAUAUUUAUGGAAAUGCCCUGGCUGGCAUUCAGAUCAGAACGAACAGCUGUCCUAUCGUGAGACACAACAAGAUCCAUGAUGGGCAGCAUGGAGGGAUUUAUGUGCAUGAAAAGGGCCAGGGUGUAAUAGAGGAGAAUGAGGUGUACAGCAACACACUGGCAGGUGUGUGGGUCACAACAGGAAGCACGCCAGUGCUCAGAAGAAACAGGAUACACAGCGGCAAACAGGUUGGGGUGUAUUUCUACGACAAUGGACAUGGAGUACUGGAGGAUAAUGAUAUUUACAAUCACAUGUACUCUGGAGUCCAGAUCAGAACUGGAAGCAAUCCAAAAAUCAGAAGAAAUAAAAUUUGGGGUGGGCAAAAUGGAGGCAUCCUUGUUUACAACUCUGGGCUUGGUUUCAUUGAAGACAAUGAGAUCUUUGAUAAUGCCAUGGCGGGUGUGUGGAUUAAGACGGACAGCAACCCCACGCUGCGCAGAAAUAAGAUCCAUGACGGUCGAGAUGGGGGCAUUUGCAUUUUCAACGGUGGAAGGGGGUUAUUGGAAGAGAAUGACAUCUUCAGGAAUGCACAGGCUGGUGUUCUCAUCAGCACAAACAGUCACCCGGUGCUGCGAAAGAACCGGAUAUUUGAUGGCUUUGCUGCAGGCAUUGAAAUCACAAACCAUGCCACUGCAACCCUGGAAGGCAAUCAAAUAUUCAACAAUAGAUUUGGAGGUUUAUUUCUAGCCUCUGGUGUCAACGUUACGAUGAAAGAUAAUAAAAUUAUGAACAAUCAGGAUGCCAUAGAAAAGGCUGUAAGCAGAGGUCAGUGCCUGUACAAGAUUUCCAGUUACACCAGCUACCCCAUGCACGAUUUCUACAGGUGUCACACCUGUAACACAACAGACCGAAAUGCAAUUUGUGUGAAUUGUAUUAAGAAGUGCCACCAAGGGCAUGAUGUGGAGUUUAUACGGCAUGAUAGGUUUUUUUGUGACUGUGGAGCAGGUACAUUGUCCAAUCCUUGCACAUUGGCCGGAGAGCCGACCCACGACACGGACACUCUUUAUGACUCUGCACCUCCCAUAGAAUCCAAUACGUUACAGCACAACUGAGACCGAGCUCAUCCUCCAUCACAACCUCCUGAUCUUUAUUUUACCUGCCCAUGGAUCCAGAGCGCCUGCCCUUUCUGGGCCAGUGAGACCUAGUGUGCACAGUGUGUGUGGAUAACAAAUACGUCAAGACUUUUGAAUUUUAAUAAUUUUAAGAGAACUGUCUUGGGAAAGGUGAAUCACAGAACUCUGUAACCGUGUAAAGCUGCCUCAGUACUGGAUGCGGACUCCUGUAUAUUGCUAACGGAAAAGGUGUCCUGGAUGCAAGGUGUUCUAUUUACAUCGCUCUCAACGUACAGAAAAAUGAUGCUUGGGAGAAUGAUGGAAAAUUUGGAAGAGUAAAAUAUUGUGAAGCAAUAUGUUGACUCAGGAUUAAGGAGAAUACGGAGGUGAUACCACAGUGGUAUUGAGUUUGGGAAGGAAAUAAAAACUUCCGUCUCACGCUGCGCGCCUGCCCGGAGGAGAUUCAAGAAGAGUUUGGCUACGGUAUAUGUACAGACCUGACCACGGCCAGAGCCACUAGGAGCUACAGAAAGCCGUUUCUCGGAUUAGAGGCAGAGCCGUACCACUAUGGCUUCCUCCACGACUGUUUUUUGACAGCUGAUGUGCUGAAAUAUAUGUAUGAUAUAAAAAAAUUAACAAAAAACAAUGUGAUUAGCACUUGCUUUUUUUAAAAAAAAUGUUAAUAUGUUAUUCUGAUCUACAAAUAUGAUUUUAAUGCUUUCUCAUGUAGUUUUGUAUUUUCAGGCAAAAAAAAUCUUACUGUAUUUGAAUGUCUUUUAUUUUAUUAUAUAUUAUUAUUAUUAUUAUUAUUAUUAUUGUUAUUAAUAUUUUUGUUAGCACACGUUAGGCUUGCUGUAAUCGUACUCCUGUCUCAGCAUAUAAGUUCUUUCUGUGAAAGAGGAAUAUCGAAGAAAAGAUCAGAAAACACUAAAUUGUCCUCCAGCAUUUAUUUUGUUUUUAUGAGGCGACAUAUUUUAAGUUAAGUUAACUUCUUUUAGGUGACUGAUUGAUGCGUGCAACUUGUGUUCGGCGUGUUUCUGCCGCUAUAAGAAGGGUUAUUUUGCCUGUUGCAUUCUCAUUCUCAGUCAUUCACUUUCAAAAUGUUUGGAGCGUUUUUCCAAGCUGUUUGAAGUGUUAACCAAGGAUCCAAAGAACUCUAAAACAUUUGUUCACACAACUCACACAGAAUGUAAAAAAAACAUCCCAGAGCAUUUUCAUUUAGUCCAUAACUGAUUUAAAGUGCAACCAACAUUUGUAUUUAUUUUAUUUUUGCAUUUAUUGCAAUACUUGUGCCUGUUUUAAGUACGAUAAAGUUUUUUUUUUUCAAAAGCCUCGCUGGAGUUAUAUUGGGGGCUUCUGGUCCCUUUAAAGCUGAGACGAGUAUCUCUACAGCCCCAUUGUCUUUUUGCCCCUCAAACUCCAUCUAUGUGUAAUGUGGUGACCGUGGCUUCUCAUGCAGCCUGAAUUUUAUGCAUGUGUACCAUAACAUCUAGACUUAAUAUAUUGUGAAGUCUUCAAUAACCAUUAUGUAGAUGCUAGUAUGAAUUUAAAAAGGGUUUAAUUUCCUAGAAAAGAACAGAAACUGGUCAUUUUUAAGAAAAUAAACUUUAUUAGAUCAAA